GUCACUUGCUGAGCCAAGCCUAAGCCUGUCCCACCACCAGGAUGAUCCUGACUCUGCUGCUCGGCCUCGGGGGGCCCCUAGCCUGGGGGCUGCUGGGGGCCUGGGCUCAGGCCCCUGGUACUGGGUUCUCUGACCCACACAGCUCCGGGCCGCCUGGGGUCUGGAGCGCAGAGGCUGAGGACACCAGCAGGGACCCUGUUGGACGUAACUGGUGCCCCUACCAGAAGUCCAAGCUGGUCACCUUGGUAGCCGCUUGCAAAACGGAGAAAUUCCUCGUCCACUCGCAGCAGCCGUGCCCACAGGGGGCUCCAGACUGCCAGAGAGUCAAAGUCAUGUACCGUGUGGCCCACAAGCCAAUGUACCAGGUCAAGCAGAAGGUGCUUACCUCCGUGGCCUGGAGGUGCUGUCCAGGCUUUGGGGGGCCCGACUGCCAACACCAAGAUUCCAUGGCAGUUAUGGAGCCUGAAGAUGCAGGUGAUGACCGCCAGGAGCCUUGGGACGGGCCAGUCAGCGUGGCACCUGGCCACCCUAUUGCUGAGAUCAACCAGCUUGAGGUGCAACAGGAACUACAGGAAUGGCUGCUGGGAGAUGUCCAGAAUGACAUUCAGGAGGUGGCAGACAGCCUGCCAGGCCUGUGGAAAGACCUGGCUAGUAACCUCACAGCCGCAACAACAGAGGCCAAUGGAACACAGCAGCUGGAGUUCCCUGGUAGCUCCUUGGAGCAAGUGUUGCUGCCCCAUGUGGACACCUUCCUGAAAGUGCAUUUCAGCCCCAUCUGGCGGAGCUUCAAUGAAAGCCUGCAUGGCCUCUUCCAGGCCAUAAGAAACCUGUCUCUUGAUGUAGAGGCCAACCGCCAGGCCAUCAAGAGGGUCCAGGACAGUGCCGUGGCCAGGGCUGACUUCCAGGAGCUUGGUGCCAAAUUUGAAGCCAAGGUCCAGGAGAACACCCAGAGGGUGGGCCAGCUGCAGCAGGACGUGGAGGAUCGCCUGCACACCCAGCUCCUCUCCCUGCACCACUCCCUCUCUGAGGUCCAGGCCGAUGUGGACACCAAGUUGAAGAGGCUGCACAAGGCCCAGGAGGCCCCAGGGACCAACGGCAGCCUGGUGGUGGCAGCCGCGGGGGCUGGGGCAAGGCCAGAGCCGGACAGCCUGCAGGCCAGGCUGGGCCAGCUGCAAAGGAACCUCUCCGCGCUGCACGUGGCCAUGGGCCACGGGGAAAAGGAGCUGCAGAACACCCUCAAGGACAUGAGGACCACCCUGGCCCAGCACGCGGAUGAGAUUAAGGAGCUGUACUCCGAAUCCGACGAGACCUUCGAUCAGAUCAGCAAGGUGGAGCGGCAGGUGGAGGAGCUGCAGGUGAACCACACAGCGCUGCGGGAGCUGCGGGUGAUCCUGAUGGAGAAGUCUCUGAUCAUGGAGGAGAACAAGGAGGAGGUGGAGCGGCAGCUCCUGGAGCUCAACCUCACCCUGCAGCACCUGCAGGGCGGCCACGCCGACCUCAUCAAGUAUGUCAAGGACUGCAACUGCCAGAAGCUCUACUUCGACCUGGACGUCAUCCGGGAGGGCCAGAGGGACGCCACGCGCGCCCUGGAGGAGACCCAGGUGAGCCUGGACGAGCGGCGCCAGCUGGACGGCUCCUCCCUGCAGGCCCUAAGGAGCGCCGUGGACGCCAUGUCGCAGGCCGUGGACGCGCACACAGCGGAGGGCGAGCGGGCGCGGGCCGCCACGGCGCGGCUCCGGAGCCAGUUGCAGGCGCUGGACGGCGAGGUGGGCGCGUUGAAGGCGGCAGCGGCCGAGACCCGCCGCGAGGUGAGCCGGCUGCACAGCUCCUUCGCCGCCCUGCUGGAGGACGCACUGCGCCACGAGGCCGUGCUGGCCGCCCUCUUCGGGGAGGAGGUGAUGGAGGAGAUGUCGGAGGAGGCGCCGGGGCCGCUGCCCCUGCGCUAUGAGCAGAUCCACACCGCCCUGCAGGACGCAGCCAGCGGGCUGCAGGAGCAGGCGCUCGGCUGGGACGCGCUGGCCGCCCGGGUGGCCGCCCUGGAGCAGGCCGCGGGCCGUGGCGCACAGCCCCCACGGCUGGCAGAGCGCCCGGAGCCCAGCCACGACACGGGCGCGCAGGAGGCGGGCGCCACGGCCCUGGCCGGGCUGGCCCAGGAGCUGCAGCGCCUGAGCUCGGAGGUAAAGCUCGCCGGGCGGUGCUGUGAGGCCUCCGGGGCCGCCUCCCUCAACGGCUCUCUCGAGGGCCUCCACGGCGCGCUCCGCGCCUCCGAGCGCAGCUUGGAGCAGCACCUGCACCUCUUCCACAGCCUCUUUGGGAACUUCCAAGGGCUGGUGGCUGCUAACGUCAGCCUAGACCUGGGGAAGCUGCAGGCCAUGCUGACCAAGAGAGGAAAGAAGCAGCAGAAAGGCCUGGAAACUCCCCGGAAGAGGGACAAGAAGCAGGUGGAGCCUUUGGCGGACGCACAUGUCACAGGGCCGGUGCAAGCUGCCUUGGGCGCUGAGCUCUGGGAGGCAGGCGCCCCUGUGGCCUUCUAUGCCGGCUUUUCAGAAGGGACAGCUGCCCUGCAGACAGUGAAGUUCAACACUACAUACGUGAACGUUGGCAGCAGCUACUUCCCUGAACACGGCUACUUCCGAGCCCCCGAGCGUGGUGUCUACCUCUUUGCAGUGACCGUUGAAUUUGGCCCAGGGCGAGGCACCGGGCAGCUGGUGCUUGGAGGUCACCGUCGGACCCCAGUCUGUACCACUGGGCAGAAGGGUGGAAGCACAGCAACGACCUUUGCGAUGGCCGAGCUGCAAAAGGGGGAGAGGGUGUGGUUUGAGUUAACCCAGGGGUCAGUCACAAAGAGAAGCCUGCCGGGCACUGCAUUUGGGGGCUUCCUGAUGUUCAAGACCUGAACCCUGGGCCCAGCUCUGGUCAGACAUCAUGGACUUGCCCAGCUCUCCUUAGCCUGGGGCUCUGGCAAGAGAUGGUCCGGAGACCACCACCCAGUUGGUCUAGCUCUUCCCUGGAAACCUGCAAAGACACUGUGGUGUAGGUGGCCUCCCUCUAGCCACACCGGAUUUGGCUGUUUCUCAGUGAUGAGGAGGACUGGAAUGCUUCUCUGGCGGGAACUAUUCUUGGCAAGUGCGGACCUGGGCAUGGCUGUGUCCUCAGACAGCGCGGCCUGGACACCAGCUCUCUGCCACACCCUGAAUUCUACAACUGCUUUGGUGUUUUGCUCCUCCUGUGGUUGGAAACUUCCGUACAACACUUUCAACCUUUCUCUUGCUUCCUCUUUUCCCUAAUCAUAUGCUAGAAAAGCCAUUCUUUCCCAGAAGGAAUAUUUAAAAUGGAGGUGACAUUUUGGCCAAUAUUGGAAACUAGUCUCCAGCCACUACAGGGCAAUAGGAUUAAACCAAUCCCUUUGGUCCCUGUCGGUCAGAAUUGGGAGACAAAGGAUUGGUUGAGUUAACCAAGGGAAAGGAGAUUAGUGUCUUUUCUAUAGUUUCAGUCAUUCCUUGUAUUUAUCUGUAAUUUUAAUUUCAUGUCUUUUUCUCCUUGCCUCGCACAGGGGAAAGGCCAAGGCAUGCCAAGCAUGAACUGAAUGUGAACAGCCGUCACCUUUUUUGCUUCCUCCAGUAUCUUAUGACCACCCUCAUUCUUAUUAGCAUCUCUACCCAGGAAGGGAGCUGAGGGAGGAAGUGAAGGAAGACUAAAGAUCUCUCUCAAUAAUGAUCAACUUUGGAAUAAAGCAAUGCCCUUCAAA